GUCUGUGCGACAUCGAUCAAAAACCACCUUCGACGACCGGAGAUCGAAACGGGCCGGCUCAGAAACUCGACACCUCUCCGACACGAUACACACACUGUUCCGAAACAAAAACAACCAAAAAAAAAGUCUAACCAAAUCAUCGUCACCGCAUCCGUUUAACACGCGAACGUGUGCGCGAGUGCCCAUCCCUGACCGAUCACACAGUUGCUAAGAUCACACGGUGUGCCAGCAAAAAAAAGUGGCAAAAGGAAAACAGUGAACGAGCAGGAAAAUCCCGUGAUCUCCGUGCCCGGUGGAAGCUGCGUUUGUAACCAAUCGAACAAACCGAACGAAAUAAUGUGCCUUCCACUUGUCUAAUCGCAACACACUUGGAAUUGUGCAUCUCCUGUGAAACUGGUGAAACUAAACCGCGGUGCUGUAAGAACACUUUCCGCUGGAAGGUUGAAAACGGGCCUCGAAAGCUUUUUCUCUUCUCACACAACGCAAAGGGCGCGAUGGCGGAACAGAACGAAAAUACGACGUCGACGAAAAAGAGCGUCAAAAUUCAGGAUUACAUUUCGCCGGGCAUUUCACGCGAGCGAAGCUUUAUACGCACAUCGAACCAGCAGCAAAUAUUUGAGAUCAACAAUAGCAACAAACGGCGCAGUUUGGCAUUCACCCAAAGCCAGGCCCAUCAGCAUGCCCAACAGCAACUACGCGAGGGUCGCCUGGACGGUUUGUCCGGCAUGAACAACAAGCUGAACGUGCACGCGCAGGAAUUUCAAAUGAAUAAUUUACCACUCAACGAUCACCGGUUUCCAUUGCAAAGCUCAAGGUCCCUAAACAUCUACAGCAGCUCCCUGCAGCACUCGAAAUCAAGUGUCGCGAUGCCGCUGGGUGGAAUGCACGGUCGGCAGCACCAUGCACUGCAGCAGCAGCUCGGUAGCAUCGGUAGUCCCGUCCCGAGGGGCUCACUGAUGAUGCCCACCCAUUCGCCGCUGCACCACAUUGGCGUGCAGAUGCAACCGUCACACAUGCCGCUGGUAAAUUCACCUUCUAGCAGCAACAUUCUGCACUCCAGCGGACCACGCGUUAAGUUCGCGCCGGAACCGAUGCUUCACGCACACGCUCACAGCAGCAAUGCAUCCAUCAACAACAGCAGUGCCGCUGCGGGCGGUGCCACCAAUAACAACACCCCAUUGAAUCUGGCCCCUUUGCAGCGCUCGAAGUCUCUCUCAUCGGCGGAUACGUUGACCCGCGGGUUGGCCAGCCUCGGACUGGGCAUCGGGGUGGAGGCGAACGAUAUCGGCAUGUUUUCGCCGGAAGUGCAGGCCGCCAUUACGAAGGCGAUCGAGGAUCCGAAUCAGCUGAAUGCGCGCUGCCUGAUGGAUCUGGCCGCACAGCUGCUACAUCGUGCCGUGGAAGGCCGUCGAUACUCCUUACCGAUAUCGCGUCUCUGCAUUUCAAUCAUCGCCAAGGAGAAAAAGGAAACGUUUCUGGAGGCACUGCUCAACACCUGCCGCCAGUGGUACCAGGAGCGGGACAAAGUGCUGGGCGCGAUGCCAAACUCGAAGAACCCAUCCCGCCCGAGGUUCACCUCGUUCAUGGCGUUCCUCACGGAGAUGUUCUGUCAGCUGAAGCGGCGUCAGCUGCAGCUACGCACCGAGUGUGACGGUGUUCCGCCUCCCCUGGUGCUGCUGACCGUUCUUGGCAAAUGCUGCGAAGACUGCGUUCAACCACCGGUUCGAUCACUGUCGGAGAUCGAAUGUCUGUUCUUUGUGCUAACGUGCAUUGGACGCGACCUGGAGACUCACCUUCCGCAGCAGCUCGAAUCACUGCUGGCCGGAGUUCGGGAUGCGUUCCUGAACUCCGCUGCCUCAGCACCAGCGAUCCGGCGUACGCUACUGCAACUGAUCGAGCUGCAGGCAUCCCACUGGCAGCUGCCCGGAAACACUGUCCUCUAUUACUAUCCUUCCUCCAAGUAGAUGCUCACCGUAACCACCAACAGCAUCCGGCUCGGAGACGAUCAAAGCAAACAAACAAACAAACAAAACCCACGACCCAUGGCCCACGGGGAAAAACAGGGCUGCUAACAAUUAUGCGUUUUUUUUUUUAUUCUUUUAUUUUAACUGUUGAUGGACUGCAAGUCUGGUAGCGCCACAUGUGUAGGGUACGGCCGACGCGUGCCGUCGCGAACGAACAAGACGAAUCGAACGGAACAAAGCAUUGAUAGUCUAUAUGAAAGCAAAGCACCAGCGAGUGCAUACGAUCACUUUAUUCGAAACGUUCGAGCGAGCAAAAGAGAGGAAAAAACAAACAAACAAACCAAAACCUAACGAAGCGAUCAGACUACAUUCCAUCAAGCUGGUGAAACAGAUCACUGCUGAACGGAGCUUAGCGUCAAAGAUAUUAGACACGUGAAAUUAUGAAACCGCUAGCAAAUGCAAUGCUAAACGACGAUCAGGGACGAUCCCUUUGAUACAUUUUUGUUAAGCUCAUCCUUAUUUGGCCGAUUUUUUAUGUCAUCAUGUGAUCAGCUUGUUGCACUAUUAUCUAUCAUCAUUAUUUAAUUAUGCUUCUUUGCACAUUGUUUUUGUUCUGCUGCCUGUUUUCAUUGUUCUGAAUGUAUGGAAAGAUUCUCCUUUUUCUAUUAGCAUAUUAUGAAAUCGCCUUAUUAUGUGAGGUGUUGUGCAAACCAAACACAACCGAGGGACAUCAGUGAAUGAAGUCAUUGCUUUUUUGUGAGUGAUUGGUUUUCCCGUAACGUAACAAUUCUACGCCAGUGCCAUCCGCCCAAGUGCAUAAAACCAAUCAUUCGCCCUCAUAGCACAAAAGAAAGCGAUCACAGCAGUAGAAAUUAGGCAACGUUUUACAUGAACGAAAGGAAGGCACAAGCAUAAUCCUAGUCACUAGCGGUGGCAGUGAAUGUAGGCUGCCCUGUAAUGCAAACUUAUCAGCAUAAACCUUCCCGCAAUCGCAAUUGCACCAAUGGUUGUGGCAAUCAGCGAUCAAGGAAGACAAUUUUUACGGUGUUUCGUUUUUUUUUUUUGUUACCUCUGCAGCUAAGGCUAAUGCAAGCUGCUUGCAUGCCACCCCAAAAUUGGGAAGUGGCGUUGUAGUAGCUGGAAAGGAUUAUUUAUUACAAAUAUCAAAUGCGUAGGAAGAAAGUGAAACACUUUUGUUUUUAAUUAAUAAACUACAAACAGCAACCACUUAAUCGUUAGAAGAUUGUAAGUUUGUUUUGUACGUUCAAAUCACUCAAUCAAACAGAAUAGUUUACUACCAGUUGUAUCAACAUGAAAAAAAAAUGGUGAAAUAUAUUAUCUGCAACAAACAGG